AUGGCACGUGUAACAGAUAAUGAAUUUACUUAUUUUAUUAAAAUUUCGGAUGAAAAUGGUGAACGAUAUUAUUUAAAAAGUACAAUUGAUGAACAGAAUAAUACUAUUUUAAUACAUUUGACAAAUUUCAAAAAUAGUUGGGUAGGAGUACUCAAUCAAGAACAAGUUCGAAUCUUAGCAAAAAAAUUUCCAUCCGAAUCGAAUGAUUCAUUUUAUUCACAUACACAACGUGCUUUUUCCAAGGGAAAUACGGCAACAAUUGAUGGAAGAAGUUAUGUAUUUAAUUGUAAAAAACUUGACAAAAAUCGACUUGAAUUUGUUUGGAAAGAAAAAGUUGAAGCAUUAAAUUCAUUAAAGAUUGUUGGUAGUAUUGAACUUCAAGAAAGACCAAAUGAAGAAGUUUUAACUAAAAUAAUCAAUUACACUAUUGGUGAAAUGGAAACAUUAAAAGCAGGAAAUGAACAAAAAACAUCUGAAAUUCAACGUAUUAAUAGUCAAUUAAAUAAAGCUCUUGAAACAGUUAAGCGAACCGUUGAUUUAAAAGAACAACUUGAAGCUGAUCUUUAUCGAAAGUUUGCUCUUGUAUUGAAUACAAAAAAGGUUGAACUAUCAAAACUUAAACAUCAACUUGAAUCAUAUCGAAAUGAACAUCCCAUAACAGGAAAUGAUAAUGAAUCAUAUGAUAAUUCACAAUCUCAAAAUACAUCACCUAUGCAUACAACAACAACAUUGGAUGAUAUUGAAUAUUCAGGAAAUAAACGUACUAGACAUCAAAUAAAUAAUACAGAUACAAGUGAAGAUGAUGAAAUACAACAUAUCGAAAUGUCAAAUCGACCAUCAAAAUUAAAAAUGGUUGAUAAUAGUCAAGAUAGUUCACUUGAUUUAGGUAAUGAUCAAAUGGAUUAUAAAACAUCAACAAUUAACAAACAUUAUCAACGACGAAACUAUGUUACCGGUGUCAAUUCAAUUUCGACUCGUCCAUUUGUUAAUCCUACAAGAGUUUCUUCAACAAUGGCAACACCUUCAUUACCCGAUGAUUCUCAAACAACCGAUGAUUUAUUGAAUAAAAUCUAA